AUGGAGAAGGACAUCCAGGACCACAAGUUUAUCGAGGCAGGCCAGUACAACAACCACCUGUACGGGACCAGCGUGCAGUCGGUGCGUGAGGUGGCAGAGAAGGUACGUGGACCAAAUAGAAGGCCAUCCUUAGCGGAACUUCUUCACUGUGUGCAGUCCCACCAUGGCGGGCAAAGCUGGUUUCUGGUUGUAUUGACGUACUUUCAACCAAGGCUGGUUUAUUCCCACCCUGGAUGUAACUGGCUUGAGUGUGUUCAGCCUUAAAAGCAACAGUCUGUAAGAUGCCCUGUAAUUUCCAGUAGAUAAAUAUACCCUUAGAUUUUUAGGAAUAUGCAUAGACAUACAUGUACCCUAGGUGGCUAAAAGGGGUCGCCAUUGUUUAACUUUAGGUUCUCUCACUAAGCAGAGGUGCUCAUUCAGGGCUCUGUGAAAUCCUGCUCCAGUUAAUAGGAGUUAUGCCUUAUGUUGUCACCCAAAGUCAGAUCUGUUUAUUUUCCAAGCUACAGCACAUCAUAUUUGUAUUCUUUUGACAGUACAGCGGGAAAUGUAGAGGGAGACAGAUAGUAGGGGCAUAGACAGAAGUUGGCCAAGACGGGGCUCAAACCGCUAUCGCCAGGGUGCAUAUGUGGUCCUGAGUCGGGAGCUUAGGCCACUACACCUGACUCCGGCACAGCAAACAAUAUUUUACAUAAAGCAUAUCAUAGAGUUCAGUCUGGUUUGUGUUUCUGUAUCGUGACAACACUACACCCACCAGAUUUCUCUGUUCCCUCCCUAAGGGCAAACACUGCAUCCUGGAUGUGUCGGGCAACGCCAUCAAGAGGCUGCAGCUGGCCCAGCUCCAUCCCAUCGCCGUUUUCAUCAAACCCAAGUCCGUGGAGAACAUCAUGUGAGUGGGAGCUGAUUCUCUGUCAGCUUUAGAUGCUCAUCCACCUGGUACAACUGUCAGCUUAGUUUAGAAGACUUGAUGGUCGCUAUUAGCUCCGUCGGUUUGGCGCUUAACUGGCGCAAAAGCCUGUAUCAUGCACUCUGCAAUUAACAUUUUUAAAAUAAGAAGUUUAGGUCGGUUAUCGGUGUGUCUUUCUACAUUUGUUUUGGAUAGCUAGUUGUUCUUGCCGGAAUUAGUACCUGAAUCUAGACGCACUGUUGUGUACAGGGUUUUCAUUGUGCUGUUCUCUCCCUUUCUAUCAGGGAGAUGAAUAAGAGGCUGACGGAGGAGCAGGGCAGGAAGACCUUUGACAGAGCCGCCAAGCUGGAGCAGGAGUUCACCGAGCAUUUUACAGGUGACAAACUAACCCAUUUCUCUGUGACCUUGGCAUGACAUGGGACGGUUAGUUUAACAUUUAAUUGUUUAGUUUAUUUGUAUGUGUGUAGCACCCUUUUUUUAACACAGGGAAAUCUUUAAGGGGCUUCACAGGCAAAGAAAUUACGAUGAAAGCAACAGAGUACACACAGCAUUACAAGUAGAUGCAUAGUAGAUGCGUAUAAAGGCUAUUGGAUGAGAAGCCACGAGCUAAGCUUAACCAGUCACUAAGCCUUUUUUGUCUCUGUUUCAGCCAUCGUUCAAGGAGACACCUUGGAGGAGAUCUACGAGCAAGUCAAGCAGAUCAUAGAGGAACAGUCUGGCCCGUUCAUAUGGGUGCUAUCCAAGGAGAAAUUAUGA